AUGCUGGCGGCGGGCAUCAUCAGGAUCUCCACGUCCCCGUUCUCCGCGCCGGUGCUAUUGGUGCGCAAGUCAGAUGGCACGUGGCGCUUCUGCAUCGACUACCGCGCCCUCAACGCCCUCACGCUCAAGGACAAGUUCCCGAUCCCGGUGGUUCACGAGUUGUUCGACGAGCUCCACGGGGCGUGGUUCUUCACCAAGCUCAACCUCCGCUCAGGCUAUCAUCAGGUGCACAUACACCCGGAGGACAUCGCCAAGACGGUGUUCCGGACGCAUCAUGGCCACUUCGAGUUCGUGGUGAUGCCCUUCGGCCUCACCAACGCGCCCGCGACCUUCCAGGCCCUGAUGAACGACGUACUCUGCCCAUACUUACGCCGUUUUGUGCUGGUUUUUUUCAAUGAUAUUUUGAUCUACAGUGCAUCAUGGGCGGAGCACCUGCAGCAUAUCGCCAUCGUCUUCAACGAGCUUCGAGCGCAUCGACUUCACCUUAAGCGCUCGAAUUGCUCGUUUGCGAUGACCUCUGUGGCCUACCUCGGUCACGUCAUCUCCGCCGACGGGGUGGCGAUGGAUGCGGACAAGGUGGCAGCCGUCGCCGCCUGGCCGACGCCGCACUCCCCACGCGCCCUACGCAGGUUCCUGGGCCUCGCCGGAUACUACCAGAAGUUCAUCCGGGAGUUUGGCCUCAUCGCCUCGCCACUCACGUGCCUGCUGCGGCGCGAUGCCUUCGCUUGGGAUGACGAGGCUACCGCUGCCUUCGAGGCCCUCAAGGGGGCCCUCACGACGGGUCCCAUCCUCCAGAUGCCGGACUUCGACAGGUCGUUCAUCGUCGACUGCGACGCCUCCGGAGCGGGGUUCGGCGCCGUCCUUCACCAGGGCGACGGGCCGCUCGCCUACUUCAGCCGGCCGUUUUGCUGCACGCCACCUCAAGCUUGCGGCGUACGAGCAGGAACUCAUUGGCUUGGUACUGGCCGUCCACCACUGGCGACCCUACCUAUGGGGGCGCUCGUUCCGCGCGCCUCAACACGGUGGCCGACGCCUUGCUGCCGCGACGCUGACCCAGACACUGCCGAGGGCGCCUCGGAGGGGCGCCUGCUAUGCAUCCGCUCGGGGCCCUCCUUCGCCCUCUUCGACCGCGUCCGCCAGGCGACCGCGACCGCGCCGGACGCCCAGCUUCUGCGGCAGCAGCUCGACGCGAGCGAGCUGGACGACCCCUGGCGAUUCGUCGACUGUCUUAUCCUCCAUGGGCGCCGCGUGUUCGUGCCCGACCACGAUGACCUCCGCCACCAGGUGCUGCUCUUGGCGCAUUCUGUGGGUCAUGAGGGUGUCCAAAAGACACUCCACCGCCUCCGCGCUGACUUCUACGUCUCUGGCGAUCAGGCCAUGGUCCAGGAUUGGGUGCGUUCGUGUGAGACGUGCCAGCGCAACAAGACGGAGACUUUGCGUCCAGCUGGCGUUUUGCAGCCGCUUGACGUACCAUCGCAGGUGUGGGCCGACAUCUCCAUGGACUUCAUCGAGGGCCUUCCUAAGGUGGGAGGCAAGUCUGUCAUCCUCACGGUGGUUGACCGAUUCUCCAAGUACGCCCACUUCAUCGCGCUUGGCCAUCCCUACACGGCCUCGUCGGUGGCCCGCGCCUUCUUCGACGGAAUCGUCCGCCUACACGGGUUUCCCUCAUCCAUCGUGUGUGACCGGGAUCCGGUGUUCACGAGGCACGUGUGGCGGGAUCUCUUUCGCAUGGCGGGGGUCCAACUCCGAUUCAGCACGGCGUUCCACCCCCAGACGGACGGCCAGUCCGAGGUGGUCAAUAAGGUGAUCGCCAUGUAUUUGCGCUGUGUUACAGGUGAUCACCCUCGCGCUUGGGUGGAUUGGCUUGCAUGGGCGGAGUACUGCUACAACACCUCCUAUCACCCCGCCCUGCGCGCCACGCCAUUCGAGGUGGUCUACGGCAGGCCACCUCCGCCUAUUAUGCCGGUGGACCCGGCGACGGCGCGGACGGAGGCAGCUGGCGAGCUCAUCCGUACCCGCGACGAGAUGCUAGCCGAGGUGCGGCAACGUCUUGUCCAGGCUCAGCAGGUCGCCAAGCACUACUAUGAUGGUCGUCACCGCGAGGUGAAGUACGCGGUGGGUGACUGGGUGUGGUUACGUCUGUUACACCGCUCUCACCAGUCCCUCGACCCGCGAGCAAAGCGCAAGCUUGGUCCGCGCUAUGCGGGGCCCUUCGUCAUCUUGGAGCGGAUUGGGACCUUGGCGUACCGCCUUCAGUUGCCUGAUGGGGCACGCAUUCACGACGUCUUCCACGUGGGAUUGCUGAAGCCCUACCGCGGCGAGCCGCCAGUCGCCACUCCACCACUUCCGCCGACGGCAGAGGGUCGUCUGCUUCCUCAGCCCGGCCAAGGUGCUGCGCGCCCAGCAACAUCGUGA